AUGAUGUUUUUUGGGCUGACGCUUGCUUUAAUUACUGGUCUGCUUAUCAACUUUGCGAUGAAACGAGUGGCAACAGAUUCAAUGAUGGAAUUACAGUUUAUGAAGGAGAUUGCAGCUAUAAAGCCUGGAAUAGACAUGAAAGACUGUGAUGUUCUCGCCGCCAGAAUGAACACUUAUCUCAGUUCUAAUAGUGUUCUUGCUACUCCUUAUUAUUUCUACAAUGGAAAAUCCUGUUAUCCUUUCUUCAGGAAAAAUUAUCUACAACCUAGGUUGAUAGUGAAAUAUGCUAGCUACCAAAACGCAAACAUUGCAUCUGGUUCUCAACCUUUCGUUCAUAAGGCAAUAAAGAUACACGAAGAAAGGGCAAAUGAGGAUUGGGAAGGAAUUUUGAAUAAAAGCAGGCGCUUCGAACAAUAG